CGGAGCGCAUCGCGCGCACCCGCCAUCCUUCCCGCCGGUGCCUGGCUAACCCGGCGCCGGAGCCACUCUGCGGGACUCGGAGAGCGCGAAGUGUCCUCCCGAACGAGAUGCUGGGGUGUUUGAAGCGCCCGGUAAUGGUGACGGCCGACGUCAACUUGAACCUGGUGGUCCUGACAGCCGCCGGGCUGCUGAGCCGGCUGUGGCGCCUGACCUACCCUCGGGCCGUGGUUUUUGAUGAAGUAUAUUACGGGGUCUUCAUCUCUCUUUACAUGAAACGGACCUUCUUUAUUGAUAACAGCGGGCCACCAUUUGGCCACAUGCUUCUGGCCUUGGGAGGUUAUUUAGGAGGAUUUGAUGGUAACUUUUUGUGGAAUCGAAUUGGAGAAGAAUACACCAGCAACGUGCCUGUGUGGUCCUUGCGCCUGUUGCCGGCGCUCGCAGGGGCCCUGUCCGUCCCCAUGGCCUACCAGAUAGUGUCCGAGCUCCACUUUUCCCACUGUGCCGCCAUGGGAGCUGCCCUGCUGGUGCUGAUGGAGAAUGCCCUGAUCACGCAGGCCCGACUCAUGCUCAUGGAGUCUUUGCUAAUAUUCUUUAACCUCUUGGCUGUAUUAUCCUACUUGAAGUUCUUCAACUGCCAGAGACACAGCCCCUUCUCUCUCUGCUGGUGGCUGUGGCUGAUGCUGACAGGUGUGGCAUGCUCCUGUGCCGUGGGCAUUAAAUACAUGGGCAUUUUCACAUACUUCCUCGUGCUCGGCGUGGCAGCCGUCCAUGCCUGGCAACUGAUUGGAGACCAGACUCUGACAAACGUCUGUGUCUGCUGUCACCUGCUGGCCAGGGCGGUGGCUCUGCUGGUCAUCCCGGUCGUCCUGUACUUGCUCUUCUUCUAUGUGCACCUCAUGCUGCUCUACCGCUCUGGGCCCCACGACCAAGUCAUGUCCAGUGCCUUCCAGGCCAGCCUAGAGGGGGGGCUAGCCCGGAUCACACAGGGCCAGCCCCUGGAGGUGGCCUUCGGGUCCCAGGUCACCCUGAGGAAUGUCUUCGGCAAACCUUUGCCGUGCUGGCUUCAUUCUCACCAGAGCACCUACCCCGUGAUAUACGAGAAUGGCCGGGGCAGCUCCCACCAGCAGCAGGUCACCUGCUACCCUUUCAAAGACGUCAACAACUGGUGGAUCGUGAAGGACCCAGCACGGCAUCCGCUGGUGGUGAGCAGCCCUCCGCGGCCGGUGCGACACGGGGACAUCGUGCAGCUGGUCCACGGCAUGACCACCCGCUUCCUCAACACGCACGACGUGGCGGCCCCGCUGAGCCCUCACUCGCAGGAAGUUUCCUGCUACAUGGAUUACAACGUCUCCAUGCCCGCGCAGAACCUCUGGAGGCUGGACAUUGUGAACAGAGAGUCAGACAGGGACGUGUGGAAGACCAUCCUGUCGGAGGUUCGCUUUGUGCAUGUGAACACGUCUGCCAUCUUGAAGCUGAGCGGGGCUCACCUCCCUGACUGGGGCUUCCGGCAGCUGGAGGUGGUGGGGGAGAAGCGGUCCCGAGGCCUCCAUGAGAGCACGGUGUGGACGGUGGAGGAGCACCGCUACGGCAACAGCCAGGAACAGCGUGAACGGGAGCUGGAGCUGCACUCGCCCACCCAUGUGGACAUCAGCAGGAACCUCAGCUUCAUGGCCAGAUUCUCUGAACUGCAGUGGAGGAUGCUGACGCUGCGCGGUGAGGACUCAGAGCACAAGUACAGCUCCACCCCCCUCGAGUGGGUUACCCUGGACUCCAACAUCGCCUACUGGCUGCACCCCAGCACCACUGCUCAGAUCCACCUGCUGGGCAACGUGGUGAUCUGGGCCUCGGCCAGCCUGGCCACGGCAGCCCACGCCCUGCUCUUCCUCUGGCACCUGCUCCGACGCCGACGGCGGGCCUGUGACCUCCCUGAGGAUGCCUGGCACCGCUGGGUGCUGGCCGGAGCCCUGUGUACUGGAGGCUGGGCGCUCAACUACUUGCCCUUCUUCUUCAUGGAAAAGACGCUCUUUCUCUACCACUACCUGCCUGCGCUCACCUUCCAGAUCCUUCUGCUCCCACUUGUCCUGCAGCACAUCAGUGACCACCUCUGCAGGUCCGGGCUGCAGCGGAGCCUUUUCAGCGCCCUGGUUGUAGCCUGGUAUUCCUCCGCCUGCCACGUGUCCAGCACCCUGCGCCCGCUGACCUAUGGUGACAAGUCACUCUCAGCAGAUGAGCUCCAGGCCCUUCGCUGGAAAGACAGCUGGGACAUCCUGAUUCGGAAGUACUAGACCUACACAGUGAGGCACGAGGCGGGGGGCGCGUGUGGGGGGCACUGGCGGAGGGAUCUGCUUUUGAAACCGCACGCGUGCCUCCAACCUGCGCCUCAUUGGGCAAGGUUCAUUUUCUCCAAACAAUGAGGAGCGAGCGCCGCCACAUCCUCGUCCCUGUGGCCGCUGAACUCCAGCCGCCUGUGAAGGAAUCAGGAAGGUUCUGGAGUGCCGAGUGGCAGACCUCACGCGUGAUCCGGGCCAGGGAGGCUCACCCACGCUGUCACGUCC